AUCCAGUUCGGCGACUAUGGGCCAAGGCAGCUCCAAGUACGCGCAUGCGAGCAACGACUAUGAGCUCGUGAUCAAGUGCUCCAAGGAGCUCGAGUUCAUCCUCGAGCACGACUUUUCGGCGACCGGCCGCGGCCUCCACGAGAAGAUCUCGUCGGCGACCAACCUCCCGCCCGAGCUCGCGCGGCAGAUGCGGUACCUCGCAACCAUCCGCAACAAGCUCAUCCACGAGCGAGGCUUUGACGCGAUCCCAGACCGCGCCAACUUUAUCGCCAAGUUUGAGCAGUCGGCCAAGGAGCUCGAGACGAUCGUCAAGGCGCGGCGCGGCCCGAGCGGCGACGGCGCCUGCAUCAUCAUGUAAAUCCGUAUACCCUUUUUCAUUGCAAAAGCCAAAUGCUGUCGUUUCUUGCAUGCAUCUUGCGCGGCGCUGCCGCUGCGACUGCCCAUCUGACG